CGGGGCCAUUCUUCAGUCGCACUUCGGACGGCGUCUGGUUCGGAUCAAUUUUGUUAUGCGUGGUGUGGUGUAACUGUGAGCGUCGCGUUAUCUUCUGUUCGCGCUUCGUCGCCGUCUCUCACGUAUCUGGUAUGGGGAUAAUACAUGGCAGCUUUGAAUGAGGCAUAAUUUGCAAAUUAUGCUUCCAACACCGUCCUGCCAGCGGUAGUGGUUGUGCAUUUCCGCCGCGUCUCAGAAGGAUUGCGCGUUUGAAGAGAGUGGAGAAAUUUGGGUUUUGGAAGAGGGGUGGCGAAGAGAAAGUAGUCCUUGUGGUGUUGAUUGAGCGGAUUGAGGUUUGUGCCGGGCCGGGUCGUAAUCCGAUGAAAUACGGAAUAAAGUGCGAAGAAGCUUAACGGAAUUGGCAAACGGGGAAAUAUGUGACGAAGAAGCUGGAUUCUGAAGAAAUAUUGUACUCAAUUGGCUCGAAUCUGGUGCGAAAGGGGGAAGAGCACUUACUGGUUUGCGAAAAUUUGGAAAUUCAAGUGCUGAAUAGAGUGGCGUUGGUGGCUGAGAGGCGAUAAAACGGCAAAAGUCGGAACGGUAUUGAUGUUCAUGACAGGAUAACUGGAGGAAGAGCUGCAAGAAGAAAAAUGUGCGCUGCAGCAGAAGGAUGCGUCUGGUGUGUUGUUUAUGGCUUGCGAUUAUUACCCUUCUUCAAGUGAAGUAAUAUGCGAGUAUGAAAGAGAAGCGUUUGUUCAGAGGGCUAUUGAGCGAAGAAUAUAAUGAAGCUAGUAAAAACAAGUGAAGGAGAGUUAAUAAAGAGGGUGUAAAGAAUGAGUAAAAUGGCAAACGUGUAUUCAGUGCUAAGUUCCAUUGUCCUGGUGUUGGGUUAUGCAAAUGUUGGAUUUACCAUACAACAGCCGCCGCAGGAUGCAUAUGGCACACAGGAGAUGUCCGGCCUUAGUCCGGACGAGUUUCAGCACCACAAUCGCUGCGAACCGAUCACAAUUCCCUUUUGCACGGACAUUCAGUACAACAAAACCAUCAUGCCGAAUCUUCUGGGGCACGCCAAGCAGGAGGAGGCAGCUCUUGAGGUUCACCAGUUUAUCCCGCUGGUCAAAAUCGACUGCAGUCCAGAUCUGAAGUUUUUCCUCUGCUCUCUGUAUGCCCCGGUUUGUACGAUACUGAACUACCCGAUUCCUCCGUGCCGGAGUCUGUGCGAAAGUGCCCGCGUCUGUGAAAGCAUCAUGCGGACUUUCGAUUUCCAGUGGCCGGAAAAUCUCGAGUGCACCAAGUUCCCGGUCGAUGGAAAGGAACUAUGCGUAUCACAGAACAAUUCAUCCGAGAGUACGCCAAUUCCGCCGAGUGCGGUGCACACAACCAAGCCCCAGGUCCCACGGCGGAACACGGCACCCAACGUGCCUCACCGGGAUCUGGGCUUUAUCUGUCCGGUUCAGUUGAAAGCACCGACGAUAAUGGGCUAUCAACUGACGGUCGGAGGAAAGGUCACCAAAGACUGCGGCGCGCCGUGCAACUCGAUGUUCUUCUCCGAGAGCGAACGAACCGUGCUCAAGUACUGGGUUGGCUCGUGGGCUGCCGUCUGCGUGGCAAGCUGUCUGUUUACGGUGCUCACGUUUCUGAUCGAUUCUUCGCGCUUUCGCUAUCCGGAGCGGCCGAUCGUGUUCCUGGCGAUCUGUUAUCUGAUUGUGGGCUGUGCGUACGUGGCCGGACUGGGGGCCGGUGAUUCGGUAGCGUGCCGGGAGCCGUUCCAACCGCACAUCAAACUGGGCCGGAUGCAGAUGCUGGCGACCAUCACGCAGGGCCACCGUCAGUCAACGUCCUGCACCGUGCUCUUCAUGGCCCUGUACUUCUGCUGCAUGGCCGCGUUCGCCUGGUGGGCCUGUCUGGCACUGGCCUGGUUCCUCGCCGCCGGCCUCAAGUGGGGUCACGAAGCCAUCGAGAACCGGUCCCAUCUGUUCCAUUUGGUGGCGUGGGCCAUUCCGGCCGUGCAGACCAUCUUUGUGCUCGCACUCGGCAAGGUGGAAGGUGACGUCCUGUCAGGGGUGUGCUUCGUUGGCCAGCUGGACACUCACUCGUUGGCCAUGUUCCUGUUGAUUCCGCUGUGCAUUUACCUUUCGCUGGGAGCGAUAUUCCUGCUGGCCGGGUUCGUGUCCCUGUUCCGCAUUCGGACGGUCAUGAAGCACGAUGGAACUCGAACGGACAAACUGGAACGACUGAUGCUGCGGAUUGGAUUCUUCAGUGGAUUGUUCAUCCUGCCGGCGCUUGGGUACUUGGGCUGUCUGUUCUACGAGUACUACAACUUUGACGACUGGAUGAUCCAGUGGAAUCGGGCAAUGUGCAAAAUAUUUUCGAUUCCCUGCCCGGCCACCAAGUAUAACAGCAACAUGGUUCCGGAGGAGGAGAAACCAAUUUUCCACAUCUACAUGGCGAAGUACGUGUGCUCGAUGUUGGUCGGGGUGACGUCGAGCGUUUGGUUGUGGUCCGGUAAAACGGUGGUCAGUUGGAGACAGUUUGCCGAGCGGCUGCAAGGAAAGGACGCUCGGAGCCGUGGAGCUUACGUUUAGUAGAGGAGGAGGCGAUAUGAAGGGAAGGUACAAGGUACAUCGUUCUAGCGAUCCCUCCAACAACCAGAAUCGGAGCAAGAUUUCUAUUCACAUAGUAUACUCACCGUAACACCUGUUUUCGCGAACCGUUUGAGAGUUUAUGAGUGUGUAAGCUUUAUGGAUGACCGCUAAAACCAAUGGGAAGGAAAACGAAAAAAAGCGACUCAUGCUCUCCCCUUAGCGAUAUUCAUGAAUUUUGGCGAAAAAAACGAGAUUUUAACUGAACUAAACCAGAAAACGAAUAAUCAAAAUGUAGUAUAUUAAGUCUCGACAACUGCAUAGUAGUCACGCAACCGCAUCCUGUAAAAAGUAGAACUAUCUUUAGAGCUUUGUUCAAAUUCCCACAUUUGAAUGAACGUUGCCAAAUAUGUAGAGAAACUCAACAAUUUUCUGUUGACACCCAUGUAAUCUAGUUUGUACGACUGUUAUAACUACACUUAGUUCGUUUAAGUUCCAGUCCUCUUAGUCAACAAGCUACUUAAGUGAUUUACUUACUCUGCGUAAGAAAACCUGUUUGUUUGAUACUUUGUAAAUCUCAGUUAAGGUUUUACUGCUAGCAAAUAAGAGUAUUUCGUUUCCCUAGUUAAGAUGAUCGAAUUGUGUCAUAUUAUUAGACUACGUCAAUCGGAGCGAGAAAUAAACGUCAAUAGAUAUUUCCUUUCCACACAUGUUGAAAAGUGAUUGAACAAUAGUAGUGUCUGUAAUUAUCGAAAAAAAUGUCGUGUAGGAAACUCAUUUCAUACGCUCUAGUAGAUGAAUAUAAAUCUGUAUUUUAUUCGGAUCGAAUGAAAUACCGAAAUUAUACACAUCGUUGGUAUUAGUCGUAACGUUAAUUGGCAGAAGAAAAACGCAAGACUUUAAUAAAGAAUACUGAAUAAAUCAUACAAAUA